GUGGAAUUCGCUUGAGCGCAUGCUUCUCUGUGCGUGUAAUUAUCGGGUAGCCCGGGCACAAUUGAUUUCCUAAACACUUUUACGAAAUAAAACAAAUUGAAAAGGACAUACUUAUAUAUUAUAAUAAAUUUUUCGUGAUCGAAGUAAGAUACUGGCAAUGUAAAAAUAAGGUUCACCUUCAAUGGCCUUAGGGAAAAGUCACGUAUUUAUUGGUGCUUUUGGAAACAACAUUUUGCCAUUAAAACAAUCGAGCACAUUCCGACGGAGCGAAACUUGGGCUGACUUCAAAUUAUCAAUUGGCUACUCUAUAAAAUAUUAAGGAUGGCAUCAACAAAUUUCACUCAAACAUUCGCCAAUGUAACACAUCCACCGACUUUGCUGAAAGAACCAAUGUCGAUAAUACCAGUGGCAAAGGUGGUGUACACCAUCGGUAUAAUUGGGAACGCUAUUGCUAUUAUUGCUCUAAGGCUCGGAGAGCGUCGCGUCAGAAAUCGUAAACAUCUGCUCCUCUUGACAUCUCUUGCUGCAAAUGACCUGGUCGCUUUGGUCGGCAUGAUGUGUUUACUGAUGGUGUCGGAAUAUCACCCGGAGCUGAGGAGUGACAAGUAUUACUGCGCGGCGAGAGUCGUACUCCGCAUCUUUGGUAUCGGCAGCGUCUGCAUCGCUGUCACCAUGGCUUUAGAGCGAUAUCUCGCACUCACUCGACCGUUCCUGUAUCAAAAGCAAAUUACGUACUACGUGAUCAGAACGGCACUAAUCAUUUCAUGGUUCUGGGCAGCCCUGCUGACCUGUGCCCCCUUGCUAGGAGUCGGCAUUUAUUACGAUGAAUCCAAAAACACAUGCACCCGAUAUCGAAAAGCAACUGAACCUAAGGAUUUUGCUUAUGCCGUCUUUUAUGUUAUUUUUGGUACUCUUCUAUGCGUGGUGUUAGUGUACUGCAACUUGGCGGUGAUCCAAGCUCUAUAUGCGAUCACUGCUCCACGUGCAGAAGGCCAGCCCGUAGUGCGGCGUGUCUCCAAGAGUAGUUGUCGGCAACGCGAUCUCAACCGCAGCCUUAACUCUGGGAAUAACAUGACCCUACAUCACAAUGCUGCCACUGCCGAGGAAGUCGCCUUUAGUAGACUUAUGGCUACACUGUCCGUACUCUUUAUGAUUUGCUGGCUACCGCAAAUGAUAACGUCAACAUUGUUCCUAGCACUGGGCCCGGAUCACUGGACAAACUCAUCUCUAAAAAAGCUUGGCAAUUUAUCCGACUUGCUAAUGAUGCUCAACUAUGUGCUAGACCCUAUCCUGUACGUCCUUAUGAGGCAGCGCAGAAAAAUGUCGCUGUCAUCCUUCUGCCACUCCAUUGCGCAUUGUUUCAAGCGGAUUGCCACUGUUAUGUUCAUAGUGGGUCAUUUUCCAUUCUAUAGUUCUGUAGUACAGGCAGAGCGCUGA